GUCCUGGGAGUUUGAGACCUUGGCCGUGCAGAGAGAUGCAGCCUCAGGCGUCCUUGAGAUUGCGCUCAACCGUCCCAAAGCUCUCAACGCUUUCAACCGGGCCAUGUGGUUAGAUCUGCGCCGAUGCCUAGAGACGGCAUCAGAUGAUCCGGAUACUCGGUGCGUUCUCCUCCACGGUGGGGAAUCGCGACUGUUCACCGCGGGGCUCGAUUUGAAGAGUGAGCUCGGUGGCUUCCCGACAGGUGACGCCAAGCUCGACGUCAGCCGCAAGGCUUUUCGGAUGGAGCCCAUCAUUAAGCGCUGUCAGGAUGGUAUCUCCAGCUGCGAAAAGUGCCGAAAGCCCGUGAUCGUGGCCCUGCAUAACGGCGUGAUCGGAGCUGGUGUUGAUUUGGCCAGUGCCUGUGACAUCCGAUACUGCUCGGAGGAUGCUUGGUUCUCCAUCGCAGAGGUCAACGUAGGCUUGGCUGCGGACGUGGGAACCCUGCAGAGACUGCCCAAGAUCGUCGGCAACGACUCCGUGGUCCGCGAAUUGGCUUUCACGGGACGGCGUAUGACAGCUGCAGAAGCCAAGGAGCUUGGCCUUGUGGGCAAGGUGCUGCCAACACGCGAGGCUUGCCUUGCUGAAGCCAGAAAGGUCGCGCACGAAAUCGCAUCCAAGUCGCCUGUGGCUGUAGUUGGCACCAAGGUGAGCUUGAACUACAGCAGGGAUCACACUGUCCAGGAAGGUUUGGACCAGAUCGCCCAGUGGAACUCCAUCCACCUCAUGUCAGAAGAUCUCAUGAAGGCCGGGUUUAGGGUUCAGGGUUUAGGGUUUAGGGUUCAGGGUUUAGGGUUUAGGGGUCGUCGAUCACCCUAG